UUUAUCUCUCUCACUCUAUAUCUCUCUUUCCUCUUUAACUUUUCACCGCCUCCAACAGCAUCUUGUUUUUCUUUUAUUUAUUUUUCAUUCCACCUAAAAAGUAGAUUAAAUCAAUUCAAACACAAGAGAGAGGGGAUCCCAUCUUGCAUAUAUCAGUUUGUGCUGUUUAGGGUUGGAGGCAUAUAUAAUUAACAAGUCUAGCUGCCCAUUCUCUUGGGUUUUCUCCUAAUUCAGCCACUAAUAUACUUCUUCCCUCACUGAACUCUUUGUGUGAGUUUCUUAUUGUAAAUUGAGUCAAAGUACUGAGAAACAGUUUGAAGAUGCUAAGAAAGAUGGAUGAAGGAGAAAUCACACAUGCUUUCCAUCAGAACCUAACUGCUUCUUCUGCUGCAUCAAAUAAUAACAAUCCUCCUCAUCAUGUUUUGAAGAGGAAGAGGAACCUCCCAGGAAACCCAGAUCCUGAAGCUGAAGUCAUAGCCUUAUCACCAAAGACCCUCAUGGCUACCAACAGAUUCUUGUGUGAAACUUGUGGGAAGGGUUUCCAAAGGGAUCAAAAUCUUCAACUCCAUCGACGUGGACACAACCUUCCUUGGAAGCUUAAGCAGAGAACGGGGAAGGAAGCAAAAAAGAGGGUUUAUGUGUGUCCUGAGAAGAGUUGUGUCCACCACGACCCUUCAAGGGCUCUUGGAGACUUAACUGGGAUAAAGAAGCACUUUUGCAGAAAGCACGGAGAAAAGAAGUGGAAGUGUGAGAAGUGCUCAAAGCGUUAUGCUGUGCAGUCAGAUUGGAAAGCCCACUCCAAAACCUGUGGUACCAGAGAAUACAAAUGUGACUGUGGAACUAUCUUUUCAAGGAGGGAUAGCUUCAUCACUCACAGGGCCUUCUGUGAUGCCUUGGCAGAAGAAACAGCUAGGGUAAAUGCAGUAUCAGACAUGAACACCUCGUUAGGGGGUAACAUUGGUUACAACGUUAUGGGAACAUCCCUAGGCCAUAACAUGGCUACCCAUUUUCCCUCAAUUUUCAAGCCAGUUUCAAACACUGACGAAACAAGUAACCAAACAUCUAGGGGGCUACCCCUUUGGAUGGGUCAAACAUCUUCUCAGGCUCAAGAAACAAUGGUCAACAGCAAUUUGCGUGAGAUUCAUCAUCAACUUGGUUCUGCCACAAGCUCAGGAACAAUAUAUGGUGGCAACUCACUUGUCCAAUGCUCAAAUCUUCCACCUUCUAAUAACUAUCAGCUAAGUUGGGUGUUUGGAACUAAGCUUUCCAAUACUAGCCAAGAGCUAACAACUAGCACCACUUCACUUCCUCUAUGCAACAACAACACAAGUGUUCCUUCCUUGUAUAGUUCCCAACACCAACCCCACCAAACAUCCUCAAACAUGUCAGCCACAGCUUUGUUGCAGAAAGCUGCUCAAAUUGGAGCAACCUCGAGUGACCCUUCAUGGCUUGGGAGCUUAGGUUUGAAAUGUGGUAACAGCCAAGGUCAAGAUGGGAAUAAUAACAAGUUUAGUGGCAUGUACGGUUCAAGUUUUGUGCUGAGCGAGGCAGAUAACUCUGCAUGUGACAUGUCACAAAUGCACCCUCUCAAACGUAGACACAUUCUGAAUGAAGAAAGUGGAGGGGGGCAAACUAGGGACUUCCUUGGUGUUGGUGUGCAAAACCAUUUGCCAACAUUCAUCAACCAACGGGUGGAUUUGAUUUGAUGAUACAGAUUCAAUGAAAAAUGGUUUUUUCCCACACUCAUUUGAGAAUAUACACUUUGGAAGGAUGACAGAGUGUAAUAAAUCUGAGAAGUAAUGUGAUGAAGAAAAGGAAAAAAAGAAAUGUGUAAAUUAAGUGUAAAAUGGGAGUGUGAAAAAAAUCUAAGUUGAUAUUUUGUUGUGAAGUUUAAAUUUUUUUCCCUUUAUUUACUUUGAUCUCUAUGUGAAAGGGAAAAAUAACAAUAAAGGCAAAGGUGGAUAUAUAUAUAUAUAUAUAUAUAUAUAUAUAUUAUGGAGGAACAGAAUUUAGUAUCU